GCUCCAAUCUUCCAAGUAUCCACUGUCCAAGAGUCCGACCACCAGUGCCAUCUCUAAUCUCUGUUAUCCUCUUGUCUAAUUCUCAUAGGUAAGCACUAUGAUUCCUCUCCGAGUCAAUCCUCGCCUGCAGUCUGGUUCGUGGUUGGAACUCUCUCUUUGCCGAAGUUCAUGUUGGCUUUUGACACCUUCGUGCUCUUAUAUCCCUCCGUUUGCUCUGUGUAUGCUUCACGAUGCCUUGAAUUUCGUUGGUGCCUUUCCGCAAAGUAGCCCGACGUGCGGCCGUUAUAUAUCCUUGUGGUGAGGGCUGUCGUCACGCUGUUACGAUGGGGUUUCGCUCCCUGUAUCAGAUGCAGUCGGUUUCGAAUUGGCCCAUCCGUGGGGUCGGCCUGCUACUUCCAAGCUUCCUACAGGCACGAAAUGCCGACGAGGAAUCGGCCUCGAAACGACGACAUGCGAAUGCCGCCUUGGAUGGCCUCCGAGGCAUGGCUGCCCUUUUCGUCUUCUUCUUCCACAUCCUCUUUUCCUACACCGACCGGGUCGAGUAUGGCUACGGCAGAGACGAGCGGAACACCCAUCUUAUUCAGCUCCCGUUCCUGCGGCUCCUGAUCGCUGGUCAUGCUAUGGUCGGUGUCUUCUUCGUGGUGGGAGGCUAUGUCUUCUCCCUCAGGCCAUUGCGCUUAAUGCGAAGUCGGACCUAUGACCGUCUGUACGAGACCGUGGCCUCCUCGUUAUUCCGGCGUGGGAUCCGCCUCUACCUUCCUGCGAUCGCGGCCACGUUCCUUACGAUGAUGACGAUACAUUUGGGCCUCUGGGAAUACCCCCGCCAAUUCGCAGACAGCAAAGAUUACGUUUUCUAUGCGGACAAUCACCACCGGCAGUUCCCCACCCUAUUCGAACAGGUCGACGAUUGGGCACAUGAGACGUGGAAGUUGACCGAUAUCUGGGACUACUACAACAAGGGGGUUCUGAUGCCAUACUACAACCCGUACGACCCGCAUCUCUGGACCGUUCCCUUCGAAUAUCGCUCGUCCUUAUUCCUUGUCAUCGUUCUGUUCGCCUUUUCGAAAUGCCACACGCCGUUGCGAAUCCUCUUCAUGAUUUGUGCUAUAUAUUUCUGCGGCAUGUGGGAUCGCUGGGAGAUGGUUUUGUUUCUAUCUGGAACCGUACUGGCGGAAAUCAAGCUGAUCGGGGAGGCAGCUGACUUGGAUGGUACAUCGGCUCAAACGCCCCAGCCAAUGUCUCUUGAAUUGGUGUCUUCGCAUUAUUCUAGCAGCGCACUUGCAGAGCCGCAGCCCCCCCACUUUGGGCCGGUGCCGGACAAUGAGCAGUGGACUCGCUCGAGUUGGCUAAGGGGUUUCAGACUAACGACUUCCAGGAGAUGGUUUCAGCUGGGGGGAUUGGAUUUCCGCUUUCCGCAGCUGCCUGGCGGGUUACAGAUAAGGCAUCUUCUUUCAUUUGUCGCAUCUCUCUACUUGCUAUCGACGCCGAACUUGGAUGUCGCGGAGACUCCAGGAUAUCGGUAUCUCUCUUCAUACACUCCUACGACGUAUACCGACGAGAAGAGAUUCCUGCAAGGGCUGGGAGCGACCCUCCUGGUCUACACCAUCUCCAACUCCGGCGCACUGCAAAUACCCUUUACUUCUCAUUUUGCGCUUUACAUGGGGCGAAUCUCCUACAGUUUCUAUAUCGUUCAUGGUCCCUUGAUCCACAUUGUCGGCUACAGCGUGACACCCACGAUCUGGAACUGGAUUGGGAUGGAAGGCGCACGAUGGUGGAUUGGCCUGCUUCUGGGAAGCGUCGUCCUCGCAGGAUGCGUAUUUUGGGUGGCCGACGUCUUCGAAUCGCUGGUCGAUCGGUCGGCUGGGAAACUUGCUCGCAAACUAGAGACCUGGGCUACAGGCGCGGAUUGAGGCUGAGGAAAAAAUGGUUUAGAAUAAACAACAGGGAAACCUAUGGACUGGGCAUGAUAUCCUGCGGAGUUUGGUGUUUUGCAAUAUUAGACGGGAGAUACUAGAAGGGUCCAUGAAGGACCCAAAGAUACCCAUAGAACUACUUCCUGUCGAGACAAAAUACCUGAAAUAGGACUACCUAUUUACAGAUUAGAUUUUACCA